GAUGCAGUAACCUUUCCUUUAGACUUUACAAAGACUCGCAUGCAAACGGCGCUCAUGCUACCCGAUGCUACGGCCCUCCCUCGGCUUGGCAUGAUCGGCACGGCUUACAGUACGAUCCAGGCCGAGGGACCGUUUGCUUUGUGGCAAGGCCUGGCGCCUGCUGUGACCCGGCACGUGAUCUAUUCCGGUUUCCGCGUCUCCUUCUACGAACAAAUCCGGGACCGUCUUUUUUCCAAAGACGCCGAGGGGCAUCACGUUCCCUGGCAAAAGGCAACCUCAGGCUUGGCUGCAGGUGCCCUGGCGCAGCUCAUUGCAAGCCCGGCAGACUUGAUCAAGGUGCGCAUGCAAACACAAGGGCGCGAUGUGGCUCUGGGCCGGCCAAAACGAUACCAAAGCAUGCGACACGCCUUUGCGACCAUUGUCAAGCAAGAGGGCUGGACGGGGCUUUACAAAGGUUGCAUCCCCAACAUGCAGCGUGCUGCCCUGGUCGGAUUGGGAGACAUUGCCACUUACGAUAUGGCCAAGCACUUUUUUGUCAGGGAUCUACAGAUGCCGGAUAAUUGGUUUUCGCACAUGUGUGCCAGCGGAUGCUCUGGCCUAGCGGCCGCUCUUCUCGGCACGCCAGCGGAUGUCGUCAAGACACGCAUGAUGAACCAACCUGUGGUCGAUGGCCGCGGGGUGCUUUACAAAAAUUCGAUCGAUUGUCUGGUCAAAACAGUCAAAGCCGAGAGUGUGUUUGCCUUGUGGCGUGGCGUGCUGCCCAUCUGGCUGCGCAUGGCCCCGUGGGCCUUGACGUUUUGGACUGUGUAUGAACAGAUUCGCAACCGCGCUGGCUUGGCUUCUUUUUGA